AUGAUUCGCACCGUUCCGCCUCUGCCGCGGAGAGGGAGUGAGCCGAAAGCGGACCAUGCUAUUUCUAAUGGAGCUGGCUCCCUAAAGGUGAACGGCUCUAAGAAAGUCAGCCUGAAAGAGGUAGAGUCUGGCGGACGUGGUCUCGAAACAGGGGCGCUUGUUUGGGUGUCCGAUGCUUCCAAAGUAUGGGCCGCGGGUGAGGUCACUCAUAGUGAAAGCUGCCAUGUAAUCGUGAAGCUGGACUCUGAAGACCCGAUUGAGGAUGACCAGCAUGUCAAUGUCCCACAUACCGGUGCCAGUGUACGAUUGCUGCGGCGAGAUACGACUAUUCUGAACACUGCUGCGCUAUCAUACGAUGACCUGACAAACGUGCCAGAGCUGCACGAGGCUGCACUUUUGCAGGCCAUUGACGACAGAUUCCAGCAUGGUCGUAUCUAUACAUUGACGGGUCCUGUGCUUCUGGCUGUGAAUCCCUUCCGACACAUGCCUGGCCUUUACUCACCGGAGAUGCUUCGCAGCUUCAUGAAUGCACAAAAGCUGCAACCUCACAUCUUCAGCAUUGCCAAUCGUGCGUAUCAAGGCAUUCUUGAUGACGAUGAAUCUCAGACCGUGCUUGUCAGCGGAGAGAGCGGCGCUGGCAAGACGGAAACAACAAAGUUUGUGAUGCACUUCUUGGCUUUGACUGGCGCUGAGGCUGUGGUCUCUGAGGGUGAGAAACCAUUGUCACGAGUUGAGCGACAAGUACUUCGGUCAAAUCCGCUGCUGGAAGCAUUUGGAAAUGCCCAAACGCUGCGAAAUCACAAUUCGUCAAGAUUUGGCAAGUACAUUGAGUUGCAGUUUGGUUUCGAAGAUGGAUCACACUCAUUGAAGCGUUUGGUGGGGACCAGAAUUCGCACCUACCUUCUGGAGACGGUUCGUGUCAUCGACCACCAGCAGGGAGAAAGGAGCUUUCACAUUUUCUAUCAGAUUCUGGCAGGGGCAUCGCUACCUGAGUUGGAUGGCGUGAGGAAGCACCUGGAUAGCAUUGAAGGUGCCUCCACUUUCAAGAACCUUGGCAACUCAGCCUGCUCAGAACUUCUGGAUGAUGCAGAAGACUUUCAGGCUACCCUCGCUGCCAUGCAGACGAUGGGAUUUCACAUGAGUGAAAUUACUGACGUGAUCCGAGCAGUUCUUGCAGUACUGCACGUGGGUAACAUUUGCUUCGCAGUUCCUGCCAAGAACAGCGAAGCAUCGGAGGUGCUCAAGUCGGAGGAUGCAGCAAACGAGCCUCUGCAGUUGAGCUCCGAGCUCUUGGGUCUUCCGCAAGCACAGCUUGCAGAAGUCCUCUGCAACCGCACGAUGCAGGCACCUGGUGAACAGGUCAUUCGAAUGGCGAACACAUUGCAGCAGGCCGCGGAGUGCAGAGAUGCCUUGGCAAGGCAUCUCUACCAUGCGGUCUUCUCCCACAUUGUGGAGAAAACAAAUGCAUCCAUCGGCUUCAAGUCAGAGGCUACCUUCUGCGGAGUGCUGGAUAUCUUCGGCUUCGAGUUCUUCAAGGUCAACUCCUUCGAGCAGCUUUGCAUCAACUUCACCAAUGAGCUGCUGCAGCAGUAUUUCAAUGGCUUCAUUUUCGAAAACGAGACCGCGCUCUAUCGAGAAGAAGGUGUGCCUUGGCAGAAUGAAGACUUCCCGGACAAUGCUGGAAUUGUAAAGCUUCUGCAGUCAUCGCCUUCUGGGAUAUUCCCAAUGCUGGAUGAGGAGUGCUUCGUGAUUGGCGGCACUUCUGGCAGCUGGCACAGGAAGCUCAUACAGAUGCACCAGAACCACCAGGCUUUUGGAGUUGUGAAGUUGCAGAACUCUACCUUCAUUGUGAAGCACUUUGCGGGCCCAGUGACCUACACCGCAGAUGGGUUCCUGGAGAAAAAUCGAGACCGGUUGUCCAACGAUCUUUUGCGGUGUCUGGCCAGCAGUGAGUGGCCUUUCCUUCGUAGCUGCUUCAGAGAUACAAGUGGUACAAGCGCUGACCAGACGCCAUGUCGUUCGCCGCCCCCCGUUCGUGCCUCUUUGUCAGGCAGCCCGAAGGCUGCGAAGGUGCGCGCACAUCGCUCGACGGUUUCUUCAGAGUUCCGGCAGCAGCUGCAGGAUCUCAUGGCACAGAUCCGCACCACGACACCGCAUUUUGUGCGCUGUAUCAAGCCCAACCCAGAGAACCGUGCGUUCGUGGAUGCUGCAGUCCCUGAUCCACGUCCCCUGUUCGACAGGAAAUCUGUGGCAGAGCAGCUUCGCUACCAGGGCGUGCUUGAGGCCAUACGUGUGGCCAGAGCGGGGUAUCCGGUCCGCUAUCAACAUUUCGAUUUCAUGGUGGAAUUCCGCUGUAUUGCACGCAAAUCUCUUCAGCUGGAGAUGGAGGCUGCAAUGCGGAAGUACCAUGAGGAGGGUCUUGAGGAGAGCUGCCUGGUCACGAGCAUUCGGGCCUUUCUCCAGUCAGAGGCCGUGUUGGCCGCCUGUGGAAGUGCAGAGGCAGUCGCGGUUGGAAGGACUCGCAUCUUCCUCAAGCAGGCUGCAGCGGGGCGGCUGAGGGCUGCGCGCGCAGCUGCCCGAACUGCAGCGGUGCAGCGGCUUCAGGCACUCCACCGUGGCGGCCUCGGCCGGCAGAGGGCAUCGCAGCGUCGCUGGGCACUGCUGCGGCUCCAAUCCGCCUUCCGCGGAGUCAAAAUCCGUCGAACCCUCGCAGCUGAGAGGCGAUCUCGUGCUGCCACCAACCUCACAGCCGGAUUGCUGACUUUGGCAGCACGGCGGCGGAUCUGCUGCGUGCGAAGAGUCUGCAUCGCACUGCAAAGUUUGGUGCGGAUGCAGACCUGCAGGGAUAGAUAUGCGCAGUUACGCCAAGCAACAUGCAGGAUCCAGUCCUGGUGGAGAUGCUGGCUUCAGCGCCGUAGAAUAAGGGAGUUGCCAAAGCACCUGCGCAACAUCCAGCGAUGCUGGCGUGGCGCAGUUGGCCGGCGGCAGGCAGCUGAGUUUCGGCUUGGGCUGCUGCGUCUCAAACGGGUUUUGCGCCGGCUGGUCCGUGUGCGCCGAGCUACCCUCAAGCAUCGGAAGUGGCGACAGAAGGUUAUGGCCAGCUACCUUGCUCCUCGCAAUUCGCUGCCUCCAGCACAGGCUUCACCACCUGCUACAAAGGCAGACUUACUGCAGAAGCUCCUGCAGCUGGAAUCGCAGCAUGCAUUCCUUGACCGUCAGGCAGCAAUCCUGAGGCAAGAUCACUUUGAGCUGAAGACAAGCCUCGACGAGGCAAAGACGAACUCUUUCUUGAGGGUCUUCGGCUUGGUUUAA